AUGAAAGCAGCUUCGUUUUUCGAUCGCGCCGAGCCGGUGCCCGCCGACGCCAUCUUCGAAGUAACCAAGAGAUAUGUUGCGGACGACUUCCAGGACAAGGUCAACCUGGGUCAGGGAACGUAUAGAGAUGGCGAGGGAAAGCCGUGGAUCCUGCCGGCUGUGCGUCUGGCCGAGCAGAAGCUCGCGGACAAGGGCCACGAGUACCUUCCGAUAGAGGGAUUGGAGGUGUUCCGCAAAGAGGCAGUCAAGGUUGUCUUUGAGGGGACGACUCUCCUACGGGAAGGACGGAUUGCAUCCUGCCAGGCCCUCUCGGGGACGGGCGCGCUCCUGCUGACGGGACUCGCCCUACGCCAGGCGGGUGCGGGCAUCGAGAACGUAUACAUCACGGACCCGACAUGGUCGAACCACGACCUCCUCUUCAGCCGGCAGGGGUUCAAGGUGCACAAGCUGCCAUACUACUCGCAGGGCAAGCUCGACUUCGACACCUUCAUCCGAGCGCUCGGCAGCGCGCAGCCGGGGUCGGCUGUGGUGCUGCACGCCUGCGCGCACAACCCCACGGGAUGCGACCCCACGCGGGCGCAGUGGCGGGAGAUGGCUUCGGUGGUGCGAAGGCUGUCGCUUUUCCCCGUCUUCGACUCGGCCUACCUGGGCUUCAGCUCCGGAUCGCUGGAGGAGGACAGGUGGGCGAUCCGAUACUUCACCGAGGAUCUGGGGCUGGAGGCGGCCGUGUGCCUCUCGUUCGCCAAGAGCAUGGGUCUGUACGGCGAGAGGGUGGGGCUCACGGCCUUUACGGCACGGACGGCCCGGCUCGCGCGCACCAUGUCGUCCAUCCUGGCCAACUGCCAGAGGGCGACGGUGUCGAACCCGCCGGCGUACGGGGCCAAGAUCGCGGCCGCCGUGCUUGCCGACCCGGACAUCAAGGACCAGUGGCGGCAGGACCUGCUGACCAUGUCGGGCCGCAUCAAGGCCAUGAGGCAGAAGGUCUACGACGAGCUGCUACGCCUGGGCACCCCGGGGGACUGGUCUCAUCUCGUCAACCAGAUUGGCAUGUUUGGGUACACUGGCAUCAGUCCCGCCCAGGUCGAGUACCUCGAGAAGAAGCAUCACGUCUACAUGGCUGAGACGUCACGGAUCUCCAUUGCUGGGCUGAAUGAGGGCAACGUGUCGUACUUUGCCAAGGCGCUAGAUGAUGCAGUACGGGUUACGGUGGCUUGA